AUGGACCCAUCUUGGCAAGAGGAUGCCCGCCGCGCGGUGCGCAUGGGGCUGUUACUUGCCGAGCGCAGCAUCCACGCGCUGCUCCCUCCGGCCGGCCUUGCAGAGGCUGAUGCCGGCCAUCCAUCUACUGGCACGGCAGCGCCAUUGUCAGCUCCGCAGGCCCUGCGCCCCUCAACACCAGCAGGUCUUCCUCGCCCUCCACGCUGGCCGGUUCGGGCUCCUUCACCACUGGAGCCUGACAACCCGGGGCUCAGCCCACGGCCAGCGGUAUGUAGAGCUGACAGCCGCAAUCCUCUCCGUGUUCGUCCUCAGCGUGCUCGGGUUCGUGGAGUAACACGGGCGGGUCUGGCCAGCGCCCACACUGGGCAUCCUUCUGCUCGUGCUCGUCCCGCCCCGCAUCCACACCCAGUGCGUGCUGAUCCCGACCGCUAUCGUCCUGCACCUCCCAGACUCGCUACGGGAGCCAUUGGUGCAGCUACGCUUGACGGCAUCAAUCGGGACAUCGCUGGUGGUCCUCCAUCACCUCGUGCUCGAGCUGGCUCCGGUCCACCUCCGGCACGGUCCCGUAUGCCAUCGUCUCGCACUUCGCUUCCGCGUGGAGGCCGUGGCCCCUCUCGCUCGCGCAGUAUCCGCCGGACACCGAACACCAGGGCCACACCUUCCAAACCAGGGCUGAUGCCAAAGAGGGCGGCUCGCCCGUCCAAUGGUGGCCACGCUUCCCGGAAUUCUGGCACUCCAAGCCGGCCAGCACCGCUCACCGUAUUUCGGUCACAUGCGGCACCUGCCGGGACGACCCUCAAAGGCAAGGCCAAGGGAAAGCGUGCGAUUCACACCACCUCGGUUAGCCCUCCCUCGCCGGCCACUGUGCAGCUUGCGGCCUCGCCCAAGUUGCGCUUGCCGGCAGGGCUACACAUCGUCGGCUUACCCCGGCGCCCCAACCUCAGCCAACUGGAAGCCUUGUUGAGCCAUGUGGCGGAGCUCUCGCCUUCACUCGCUGGUUUAGAGCCCAGCUUCCAGCUCGCACAAACCAGGCGAAGCUCCCACAAGAUACCGGCGUUCUUUCUGUCGCACGCCGCGUUCGCCAUACCAGGUCUUGCCGGCCGCAUCUUGGAAGAGAUCCAGCCAGCAGCGGGAAAGGAUAAGCGAGGUCGCACCAAGCUGGCCUCUCCGGUAGGUACCCUCAAAAUUUCGCUCGCCCAGCAAGCCGUGCCACCAGCGCUACCUGCCCCAAUUGACGACCUGACAGGGAACGUCGCCCCAACCAACCCAACCUCUUCGUGCCCAGCUACGGAACCCAACCCACCCGACGGCUCUGGACCUUCAAUCUUCAAAGGACUCCGCCUGGUCGAGUUCACAGCGGGCACAUUGGAGGAGGGCUGGACAUGUGUUUGUUGCCGGGGUGACAUCCUCGCGUGUGACAAGCUGGUGCGGCUGGAGUGCCUCCACGUCGUACACUCUGACUGCCUCGAGCGUUGGCUUGAAGCACCUCGCUCUCGGGGCCGUUGCCCGGAGUGUAAUGAGAUGGUGCUCUGA